AUGUCAGCUCGCUCGCGAUCAUCAUCUCCGUCCAACUCGGACUCGGACUCGGACAUCGAGUUCACCAGGGAACUCAGUAAGGGUCAACUGAUUGAGAACGGGCACCGUUUAGAAAAGAAACUCGUCGACGCUCGGGACGACCUCACGAAGCUCACAAAUAGGGUUACUGAGCUCGAGGCGACGCAAGGGCGCGGCAACGGGAAACGUACACGCGAUGCGCGACGCACAGCGGCUACCGAUGCAGGAAAGGACGGACUUGAGGCGGUCAAAGAAGCGGGGAUGCGGGUCGCACAGAAGUUCGUCAUCGCAUAUAAUCUAUUUCUUGCAAACGGCGUACGCUGUAAUGUUGAUCGGGAUACCGACUACAACUUGACGGCCGCGAAUCGGUACUGUGAUAGCGAGGGUCUGUAUCAGGGGCAGUUGCGUGAUUUGGAGGAAAUCAUACCUGCUGAAUGGAAGGAAAUACGCAAAACGUCUGCAAGUUUCCAGUCAUCAUUCCACAGUCAGCAAGGCGAAACGCGCACAGGAAUUGCACGCCGUAUCGCCAAGUCGCAAGCCACAGCAGACAUCUUCCCGAUGUUCGAUGCGAGGAGCCUCCGGUCAAGCGCAUGGCGCAAAGAGAACUGCCGCGAGUACAUUGGUUACCGCGCCGACUGGGGUGAUGGCCGGGCUGGAUACUCGGCGCUCGAUGCGGCGAUCAUACACGAGAAGCAUCAGGCGCCGGAUGGAUACGAUCUCGACACUAUUUUCAAGGGCGAAGUGCCACAGCGGUGCCUGGCGGCAGUCUUGUUCGGCCCAGCCGGUGUACGCGCUAUGGCGGAUGGCGGCCAUCCGCGUCCUGCAACUUCGGAAUACAUGGGGCGCUUGAUCGGCGCCAAGUUCACGACACCGGGCAUGAUGGCGCUAGGCUGUACCCUGGCAUGCUGGGGACUAUCAGAGGAUUCGUCGUUGGCCGAAGUGGACACAACGGACGAGGAUGCUAUGACGGGCAUCAACUGGGCGACCUGGUUUAAUGACUAUAAGCAAGAGAUUGAGGAGGGGAUCGAAGAGAAACGACCUCAGAUCCUAGCCGCGUUCCGAAUGUGGGACGAGCGCCUUUUCCCAGCCACGGCGAGUCAAGGUCUAGGCGUAUCCGAAUUGGGACCUUCCCAAUCGGGGCCAUCGAUUCGCGAUGCUGCGAAAGCUCGCGCGCGCGCGCAGAAGGCAGCUGCAUCGCGCGCCGCCAACUCGACCGACACAGAGCCUCAGAGGCGCGGCGGCAGGCGCGUACACGGGCAGCAAAAUGAACGCGCGCGCGGGGGAGCCGAGGAAGGUGAGGGGCAGAGCGAAGAAGAGGAUGGCGGCGCGGGACCGGGUCCGUCGACGCGGGAAGGCCGCCGUAAGCGCAGGGCAGAUCAGCAACCAGAGGGUGCACCCGAGCCACCGCAGAAGCAGGUUCGACAGGAAAGCAGCGAGGAGUCUAGUGAGGAAGACGAGACGUAG